AUGGCUACCUCCUACCACGUCCGGUCUUGUAGCUUACCAGCUCGGUUACACUCAAAUGGCCUCAACCAUAUUCAUCAACUCCUCAACAAGCUUCCAACAGAUCAUGAGAAUAGUUUCUCACUUCUCUCACAGCUCUAUGAAUCCGUCUCUCGUCUCUUCAACGACUCACCAGCUUCGUUACUCCUCCCUCAUCAUUCUUUCUUCACACAUCUUCUUGAUCUCUCGCUUGUACACCUUGACUUGUGCUCCAAGCUAAGAGACAUCACUUGCCGCAUCAAGGACUGUCUCCGCGACCUCCGUUCUGCUUUCAGACGGAGGAGACACGGUGGAGAUUCUACCAUCCGGUGCCACGUUAAAGCCUUUAUCCGCUCGAGGAAAGCAAUCCAUAAGGACCUCGCUAAGCUACUCUUGUUGCUCAAACAAACCGACCAUUCCUCCACUUCCGGGUCGUCUCAUCCUUUGAUCGCACUUCUCCGACAAGUUUGUUCUCAAACAUGUAUGUCCUUGCGGACAGUCUUGUUGUCUUUAUCCACAUCUGUACCAAAGCCUAAGCCUUCCAGAUGGGCUUUGGUCACCAAACUAGUCAUCAAGAAUACAAGUGUUCAAGUUGAGACCGGACACAGAAACGAGUUCCAGACGAUGGACGAAGAACUAGGAAGAUUCUGCUUAGCGAAAGAGAUAAAGAAGGAACGAAUCAAGUCUGUGAUCACCAACUUGGAUAACGUAGAUGUUGCAGUUGAAGAUCUGGAGUCAUCACUUGAAAGCUUGUACAGACGUAUGAUCCAAGCUAGAGUCUCUCUUUUGAACAUACUCUCUUUGCAUAUAUAA